UCCCAAAGGCUUCGGAGCGAUGGCCCCUCCCUUGGCAGCUGCUUUCUCCCCCACCCCUUUGCCUUGGAUAUAAGGCCCCCGUGGAGCAGCCCUGGCACAACACAACCUGCUCCAGCGAGGCAGACAGCAGCUGCACCUCCAGUUCCAGCCCCCCUGCUCUUGAGGAGAGUGACCCAGGCGGCCAUCGGCAUGGGUAAGAGAUACUCUGCAGCCUCCCCGCAGCCCAGCGCAGCUCCGAGCCUUGUAGCCCCAUCGUGGAUCCGGCUCCAGGCACUGCCUGGAGGCUGCAGACAUCCCACCUGGAAACCCAGCCCCACCUGGGACUGCUGGGUUUGUUCCUCUGCAGCGCUGCAGGGAGGAGAAGAGUGGAACUGAAGUUUGGUGUUUUGUCCCACUGGUCCCAAAGGUUUCCUUGGUCUCUUGCCUUGGUUUCUGAGGUUUGGCAGUGCCAGAAUGACAGGAGCUGGUGGUCACAGAGGUUCCCAUUGGCACUUGGGCUGGGAGAAGGUCCUUUGGGCGGGACAGAGUCUUUGGGAGAGGCACCUUUUAGGACAGGGAGGUUUUUCAUCUUGUUCUUCUCUUCUUCUCAAACCAGACAGAUGCAGACUUCAGUGCUACGACUACCCCACCUGCCCGGAUACUGUGAAAGCUCCCAGAGAGGAGGUUGCCUACGUGACCUGUACCUACAGGGAAACAUGCAUCGACCAACCUGACUUCCUGGCCACCGUCGAUCUCAACCCCAGAUCUCCAUAUUACGGCCAGGUGAUCCACCGCCUGCCCAUGCCCAACCUCAAAGACGAGCUGCAUUCCUCGGGGUGGAGCGCUGGCUGCACCUGCUUUGACAAUACCACAGCGAAAAGGAACAAGCUGAUUCUUCCCUGUUUGAUUUCUUCCCGCAUAUACGUGGUGGAUGUGGGUUCACAGUGCCGGGCUCCCAAGCUGUGUAAGAUGAUUGAGCCGGUGGAUGUCUUCUGGAAGUGCAACAAGGGAUACCUCUGCGUAGUUCAUAGCCUGCCUAAUGGUGACGUGUUGAUCUCCAACAUGGGAGAUCCAGCUGGCAACGGGAAAGGGGGAUUUAUUGUGCUGGACGGAGAGACCUUUGAGCUGAAGGGGAACUGGGAAAACGAGUGUGAGGCCCCGCCGACUGGAUACGACUUCUGGUACCAGCCGCGCCACAACGUCCUGAUCAGCACUGCCGGAUUAGUCCCAAAGCGCGCGGGAUGUGGCUUUAAUCCCAACGACUUGAAGAAAGGGGUCUUUGGGCGCCGCCUGAACGUGUGGAACUUGUCCUGCCGCACCCUCACGCAGUGCUUUGACCUGGGGGAGGACUCUCUGCCCCUGAGCGUUAAAUUCCUCCACAACCCCGACGCUGCCGAGGGAUACGUCAGCUGCGCCCUGAGUGGCAUCGUCUACCGCUUCUACAAGUGCGAGAGAGACAACUGGUCAGUAGAAGAGGUGAUUCGGAUUCCGGCCAAGGACGUGACGGGAUGGAUUAUGCCCAAGAUGCCAGCCUUCACAGUCGACCUCAUCAUCUCCAUGGACGACAGGUACCUGUACCUCAGCAACUGGCUGCACGGAGACAUCCGCCAGUAUGAGCUCUCCAGAAGCUGCAAGCCCCGGCUGGUGGGACAGGUGUUUGUGGGAGGCAGUAUCCUGCGAGGCGGACCCGUGACCGUGUGUAGAGACGAAGAGCUGAAGUGCCAGCCGGAUCCCUUGGUGAUCAAGUGCAAGAGAGUGUACGGCGGCCCGAGUAAAAUGCAGCUCAGCCUGGACGGCAAGAGGCUGUACGUCACCAACUCCUUCUACAGCACAUGGGACAAGCAGUUCUACCCGAACGUGGUCAAGGAAGGCUCUGUCAUGCUGCAGAUUGAUGUGGACACGGAGAAGGGAGGCCUGACCGUGAACAAGAACUUCCUGGUGGAUUUUGGAAAGGAACCCAACGGGCCUUGCCUUGCCCACGACAUCCGCUUCCCUUGUGGGGAUUCCACCUCCGACAUCUUGGCCUAGGCGCCAUGCGAACGACUCCCCGCUUCCCUCUCUUCUGUAUUGCGGCCGUUAGAAACGAGCGUAGGGUAAUUGGGUCUGGGGGUCCCCGCUCAUCGCUGGAGUCUAGAUUUCUGCUAACGUGAGCUACGGAAGCUCCGCCUUGUUGCGAGGGUUGGGUUCAGGCAGACCAGUGAGCAAAGUCACACGGCAAGUUUUCAUGUUGUUUUCAGUGCAAAGCAACCCCUGGGUCCGAUUCACAGAGCAGAGCCCGGGGCCGUUGCUCAGAUCUAGAGGUGUGCAGUGCACACAGUGCCUUUUGGCAGAAGAGAAGUGCCCAGUUCGUCUGAGUUACCGUUCUUCAGCCAGGUCGUUCCUGGAUAGUCUUCCCUGGCACGAGAGCGCUCUUGGCUCGUCUUCACGGGCUUGGGUCGGUCUGCGUCAUGGCUGAAGGAGAAUGAAGUGCUUUAUUUUGAAAAGAGGUGCCUGUUUCCUGACACUGGUUUGCUGUUGUAUUCUGCUUUAAACAAGAAUAAAACUGUUCUUUGCAUCA